AUUUUAAAAUAUAUUUCAAUGGACCGAAGAUGACCGAUCAUACAAAUGACAGUUCUCUUUAUCACAGCUUGUCAAAAAAUCAUUGACUGUUUUCGUUGUUUAUACAAUGUUAAGGAACUACCAGACGCUUUUGCUAAAAUAAAUAAUUUACAAAAAUGGGCGACUUUUUGGCAGCUAAUAAUAUUUGUGGCCAAAAUUUAUUGCGUUUGGUAUCCCGUGGAAAUGCUAUUAUAGCAGAACUGAUGAGGCUAAAGGAUUAUGUACCAUCAAUAUUUAGUCUAGAUUCAAAGCAAAUGGUUCAGAAGUAUGGAUCAAUUAUAAUUGAUUUUGCAUACUUUAAAUCAGCAAGCACUUAUGAACAAAAAAUAGAAAAUGAUCCAGUUCUUCAAGAGACAGAUGAAGAACUUCGAAAUAAUUUUUCUGAUAUAAUUUCAAGAUUUUAUUUGGCUUUUGAAAGCAUACAUAAAUAUGUUACGGACCUAAAUUUUUAUAUAGAUGAAUUAGGAGAUGGAAUAUAUAUUCAUCAAUCUAUAGAUACUAUUAUGCUCAAUGAAGAAGGACGACAGUUAAUGUGUGAAGCUGUAUAUUUAUAUGGAGUAAUGUUACUCUUGGUAGAUUAUCAUUUUGAAGGAUGUGUAAGGGAAAGAUUGCUUGUAUCUUAUUAUCGUUAUAAUGCUCAACAUUCCUCCUCUACAAGAGUAGAUGACAUAUGUAUGCUAUUACGCUCAACAGGAUUUUCUAAAACCUCCAAUAAACGACCUGCAAAUUAUCCUGAAGAAUAUUUUAAGAGAGUACCAUUAAAUGAUUCCUUGAUAGAACAUCUUAUAGGACGUUUACGUUCUGACGAAAUAUAUAAUCAAAGUCUUGCUUUUCCACAUCCAGAACAUCGUAGUACUGCUCUGUCCAAUCAAGCAUCAAUGUUAGUUAUAAUUUUAUCAUUUAAGCCAACUGUGUUGCAUACUCAAACAGCCAUGAUGAGAGAAAUAGUAGAUAGAUUUUUUCCUGAUAAUUGGGUAAUUAGCAUUUAUAUGGGAAUGGUAAUAAAUUUAUGUGAUUGGUGGUUACCAUAUAAAGCAGUAAGAACAGCUCUUAAUAAUACUCUUGAAUCAUCAAAUGUAAAAGCUGUUGCACAAAAAUAUGGUCAGAAAAUGAAGAAAUUAUUAUCCGAAACGGAAGAAGUACAGUUAGCUGUUACUCUAGAUGAAAGUGCACUUGGAUCAUUGGUCAAAUUAGUAAGAGAAUGUAAUGUAACAUUACAUUGGAUACUUCUACAUACAGCUACUUCAACCAUUUCAAUAGAAGAUUCAAAACGUUCGCGUAUUCUCAGGCAAUUAGUAGUGACUGAAAGCAAAUAUAAUACAUCCGAUUGUCUGCAGUUGUUGCUAAGUACUGCUCAAAUCGAGCAAGAUGUUAAACAAUUGUACAAAGAUUUAUUACUAGGUAAAGAAACUAAAUGGCUUAGAGAUAAAGGAAUAUGCGUUGAACGUAUAACAGAUCUUGCUCAAAUAUUUGGUGGCAACAAAUCACUUGAUGGUAUUGAAAGAAAUCAGAAUCUAUAUGUUUGGUUUAUGGAAAUAAGUAAACACAUUGAUUCAUUGCAACAAGAGGAUGGAAGAAAAAUAGUACAGUUGUUACAAGCAUUAGAAGAAGUGCAAGAAUUUCAUCAGUUGGAAAAUAAUUUACAUAUAUCACAAUAUUUAGCUGAUACGCGUGAAAUAUUGCAUAAUAUGUUACGCACAGGAAGUAUAACAGAAGACACUAUGAUAAGUUUAAAUAUAGUGACAGAUUGUUGUUACGCAUGGAACAUAGUGGAGUCGUUUAUUGAUACAAUGCAAGCUAGCAUAAAAGAAAGUCCGCCUACUGUAAUAAAAUUAAAAGCCUUAUUUUUAAAAAUGGCUUCAGCUUUAGAGACUCCUUUAUUAAGAGUAAAUCAAGCACGCAGUGCAGAUUUAUCGUCGGUCUCUCAAUAUUACAGUAGAGAACUAGAAAAGUAUGCGAGGCGUGUUUUACAAAUAAUACCUGAAACUGUGUUUGGUUUGCUUGCUCAGAUAGUACACCUUGAAACUAAUGCUUUUAAAGAAAUUCCUACUAAAUUACCAAAAGAUAAAUUGAAAGACUAUGCACAACUAGAUGAUAGAUUAAAAAUGGCUAAAUUAACGUACGCUGUAUCAGUGUUUACAAAAGGAGUAUUAUCUUUAAGAAGUGUUCCAUUAGGAGUAUUGAGAGUUGAUUCUCAUCGUUUAUUGGAAGAUGGAAUACGUCAGGAACUUGUAAAGAAAGUUACACUAGCUUUAGAUAAUGGUCUUGUUUUUGAACCAAAAUCAAAAAUGUCAUUGUUACAAAAACUUCAUAAUUUAGCUACAAUUAUGGAUGGUUACCGUAAAUCAUUUCAAUAUAUUCAGGACUAUAUUAAUAUUAACAGUUUAAAAAUAUGGCACGAAGAAAUAACGUAUAUCAUAAAUAAUGCAGUUGAAGAAGAAUGUACAGAUUCUUCUUGGACUUCACAAAGAUCAUGGAGAUAUUUUCAAGAUGAAAAGCAUACUUCUGUGUUAGAUAGCAACUCUGUAACUUUUAUUGGUAGACUUGCCCGUGAAUUAAUUCGUAUAACUGAUCCCAGAACAACUGUUUAUAUUGAACAUUCCCUUGCCUGGUAUGAUCUUAAAACGCAAGCAGAAGUACUGAAUUAUAAAAUCUUUUCAAGAACAUUAGAAGCAAUCGGCACACCAGGAUUAACAGGACUUAAUAAGCUUAUUUCGUAUUAUAUUAUUACUGAACUGAAUAACAUGGUUCAUUAUAUAGAAAAAAAUAUACGUAAUAAAACAUGGACAUCCACGCUCGAUCAUUUUGAAACAAUGUUAAGUUCUAUAAAUAAUCUUAAAGGUAAUGCGUCAAAAUUUCACAGUUCUGUUACUACAUAUAGUAAUAAAUUUUGUCCACAAGUACUUGAAUGGGUAUUAAAAAUUGGUCAUUACCAGCUACUUAAGAAAAAGAUAGCAUAUGAAUUAAACACUGCUUGCAAAUUCGAAGCAAAACACAUGGAAGCUGCACUUCAAACAUUAAAUACAGCUGUUUUAUUUGAAAUUCAUAAACAAGAUAAUAAUGAACAGAAUGUGGUAGAACAAAAUGAAUUAUUACGCGAACUUAAUGUGCGAUUGGAAUGGGCUGGUAUAGGUAAUCUCCAUAAUAACGUAUACAUGAAGUGCCUGAAUAUACAAAAUAUUGCGCUCAUUAUGUUUCUGCUUACCGCGUCACAAUUAUCGAGAUUACAUUACUGUAAAAAUACAGGAAGUUUACUAAGUAAGAAAUCUCAAGACUCUCUCGAUGUCGUGGUGUUUGUAAUUGGCAUACAAACUAUAUUACGUCAGUGUACUUUCGCAGAGAUGACACGCUAUGUUAACUAUCUUUGUAUCUAUGUUCUUUCUUGUGUCGUUUCAGAUAGUACAAAACCAGGAAGUGAUGGAGAAUCCGAAGGAGCUAACACUUUACAUAUUUUAGAGUUAUUUAUAAAAUAUUCUGGUAUACCAAGAUCAGUCAUCCUUAAAGAAAUUCCAACGAUUAUUAUCGAUUAUUUCCAAAUAAAAUUAACUAAAUAAUUAUAAGUUUCAAGUUCAAUAUAAUUCCUAUAAAUACAACUGAUUUUUAUUACAUUCAAUUAUAAAAUAAUAUGUUUUCUAUUUUGUAUAUAUAUUCGCAUGUAAAUUUGU